AUGCGGCAUGUGGCAUUCAGAACCUCUUCUGGGGACCAGAUAUACUUUAGAGACAAUGGAGACCCACCAGCCAAUUAUGAUAUUCUGAAAUGGUACUUCUUUGGAGAAGAAAAUCUACAGAGCAUAAAGUUUGUUCAGUCUCGCUGUAGCGAGCCCUGUAAGCCUGGAUUCAGGAAGGCUAAGAUAAAAGGGCAACCGAGUUGCUGUUAUACCUGUGUACUGUGUGCCGAUGGGGAGAUGUCUAACAUAACAGAUGCCCAGAGUUGUACAAAAUGCUCUAAAUAUGAAAAGUCAAACAGUGGGAGAACCAGCUGCAUCCCGAGGGAUAUAAAUUACCUUUCCUAUGAUGAACAGUUGGGUUCUACUUUAUCCUCCAUCUCUGUAACAUUCUCCAUCUCUUGUGCUGUAAUCCUGGGAAUCUUUAUAAAGUACCGCGACACUCCUAUAGUGAGAGCCAACAACCGAUAUCUCAGCUGUCUCCUCCUCAUCUCUCUCAUGUUGUGUUUCCUCUGCACUUUAUUAUUCAUUGGGCGCCCAACUCAGAUAUGUUGUCUCCUCCGACAAGUAACAUUUGGGGUUGUAUUUACUAUUUCUGUUUCUUCUGUGUUGGCUAAAACUCUCACAGUUAUUAUUGCCUUCAAUGCCACAAAGCCUGGGAGCAAGCUGAAGAAAUAUGUAGGAACCCAACUGGCCAUUGUAUUAGUCAUUGUAUGUUCUUUGGGUGAGAUUGUCAUCUCUGCUGUGUGGUUGGCCUCUAAUCCCCCAUUUCCAGAGGCUGAUACUCUCUCUGACCCAGACUAUAUUAUUCUACUGUGCAAUGAAGGGUCAGGCUUUUUCUUCUUCUGUAUAAUUGGAUAUAUAGGAACGUUGGCCCUACUAAGUUUCAUUGCUGCAUUUCUAGCCAAGGAUUUCCCUGACCGAUUUAAUGAGGCUAAAAACAUCACUUUCAGUAUGUUGGGGUUCUGUAGCGUGUGGGGGGUAUUUGUCCCUGCAUACCUGAGCAGUAAGGGCAGUAGAAUGGUGGCAGUUGAGAUAUUUGCCAUCUUAUCCUCCAGUGCUGGGUUAUUGGGCUGUGUAUUUAUUCCCAAGUGCUAUAUCAUUUUCCUAUGGCCUGAGCUGAACACAAGAGUCACAAGAAAUAAAGACACACGUUCCAAUGACUACAGUUCAGAUGAAACCACCCGAAAAAAGACGACUUAUUCGACAAAAAACGAACAGGGUCUCUGGUCCAAGUGGAAGAGAAAAACGAAUCAUCACUCAAGCGAGUCAGGAGAGGAAGAGGAAUUCAACAGUCGACCAAGAUACCGCCUACGGGACAGAAAGAUAAAAAGAUUUUGA